AUGGCACAGAUGACCAAUACACUUCAGCAAUUCAUGCAGAUUCAGACCACCACAAACAAUCAGAACACUCAGGCCAUAAAUGACUUGCAGGGCACCAUCAAUAAGAUGAGCACGACAUUGAGCACUCUAGAGAGAGGGAAAUUUCCAGCACAGCCUCAGCCUAAUCCUCAAGUAGUUGCUUCUACACCUGAAAAUGUAACAGAGACUGAUGAAGCUGAAAAAGAACCAGAGGUAGUGAGACCAGAGCUGAAGAAGCCUGUGAGUGCAGAUGUUGAAACUAGUAGGGGACUUGUGCACAGUGAAAAGGAAGCUGAAUGUAAAAAAGAAACCUUUCCUAAGGAGCAAGUCAGCGUAUUGAUAUUGAGCGAGACUCCUCAGGAGUUUGGAGAUCCCGGCUCUCCCCACAUUUCCAUUAUGAUUGGUGAGUCACGCAUUGGGAGAGCUCUACUUGAUUUGGGGAGUAGUGUGAACUGGCUACCGUUCUCAGUGUAUGAGCAGUUGAGAUUAGGUGAGCUAAAAAAAACCUCCAUCAAGCUACAGUUAGCUGACAGAUCAGUCAAGGUGCCGGGGAGUAUUGUUGAGAAUGUGCUGGUCCAGCAGCCAACCACUACUAUUUACCAGGUUCCUGUCAUCCUUGGGCGCCCAUUCAUUGCUACCUCCAAUGCACUAAUAAAUUGUCAAAGUAGAGUGCUGAAACUCACAUUCAGGAAUAUGACAUUGGAAAUGAAUGUGUUCAAUACUUGCAAGAUGCCUGGUGAUUGCAACGAGUCAGAGGUGCAUGUUGUUGAAGUGAUUUCAGAGCUUGAAGAAAUAAAGAGAGAGGCCUACGAUAAUUCCCGCUUGGCGAAUGAGCGAUUGAAGGCCUUGCAUGACAAGAAGAUCCAUGACAAACAUCUUUUCCCUGAUCAGAAAGUGCUCCUCUACAAUUCAAGACUAUAUCUUUUUCCUAGGAAGUCGAAAUCUCGAUGGAAGGGGCCGUACAUUGUAAAGAAGGUUCAUCCUCAUGGGGCGGUAGACAUUGUCAAUCUGAAGAAUGGAAAUAGCUUCACUGUCAUUGGACAACGUCUAAAGUCGUUUCUGAAUGUCUUUGAUCCACACGAAGAGAUCUUGCUUGUGCAAGAUUUCAGGGAAGUGUUUUGA